AUGACUCUCAAAGUCGAGUAUAUGGGAGAGUACAACUAUGUACCCUCCGUUGCGGCCGCGUCCGUCUUUGCUGUCCUUUUCGCAGCAACGACAUUUUACCACACCUUUCAACUGUCUCGAACAAGGACCUGGUUCUUCAUUGCCUUCACGACUGGCGGCUACUUUGAGGUGGCGGGAUACAUUGCGAGGGCUAUCUCAGGUAGCCAAUAUCCCAACUACAAGCUGGGCCCAAUAGCGGUCCAGACGAUCCUCAUCCUCAUCGCGCCCUCCCUCUUCGCCGCCAGCAUCUACAUGACCCUCGGUCGCAUCAUCAUCAUAACAGGGGGCGAGCAAUUCUGCAUUGUGCGGCGCUCGUGGUUGACCAAGCUCUUCGUCUUGGGAGACAUUAUAGCCUUUCUCACACAAGCUGGAGGCGCAUCAAUCCUUGUCCAGCAGAAAGCCAGCAGUUUCUCCACCGGCGAGACGAUCAUCAAGAUCGGCCUCAUCAUCCAGAUCAUCUUCUUCGGUCUCUUCAUCCUAACCAGCGUGCUCUUCCACGUGCGACUGGUCAAAUCCGGGUUUGCGGAGCGGUACAAGAGAACUGUGCCGUGGAGACGACACAUGCACGCGCUCUACAUCGGCAGCGUCUUUAUCUUCAUCCGGUGCAUCUUCCGUCUGAUCGAGUACGACCAGGGGAAGACGGGCACGCUGUUGCAGCACGAGUACUGGGUGUAUAUCUUUGAUGCGGCGAUGAUGCUGAUCGUUAUGGCGGUGUUCAAUUGGGUCUAUCCAUCGGAGGUCAAGGAACUUAAGAAUCAAGAUCACUGCUCGUAA